CGCUUUUCGUUUCGACCCGGCGGGUGUGAUCAAGAUCUGCAACCGCCAGAGGUCGUCGUUGGGUAUCAGCUAUCCCAGGCUCGCUUGGAUUCCUGUGGUUCCGCGUCUAAUUAGGGCCUUUGCGGACACAAGCAGCAUCUUGCGCGGCCUUGCUGUUAUACCUCCCGUCGCCUGCAGUGGCACAUGAAGGGCUAACUAAUCUGCUCUCGUAUGUUUUCUACAGCUAGUCCCCGGACAAGACAAGUGCUGCCGUCUGGUCAUGCACUGGUGAAAGGCAUGGCCUUCCCCAUUACCUCACUGCUUCUGUUCUGUUCCUACAUCCUCCCGAACAGGAUCUGGCGCAAUGUUCUGUCUCGGCAUUGCGGUUGCCGUCUCGUUGACGCUGCUCGCACGUCUUACACAUGCUGCCACUUCUGUGACAAGCACCAUCCUCAUCUUCGCCCGCGAUGCCUCGUCUGCAAGCUCCGCCACUUCUGGUCUGGACGGCUACGGGAUUCCCUUCCAGGUCGUCCUCGUGCCACAGUCCGGCAUGACCCUCCCCGUGUUGAGUUCCUCAGCCACGCAAGGAAACUACGGUGGCAUCAUUGUUUUGAGCGAGGUUGCCUACUCGUACGCGACUGGUUGGGCUAGCGCCAUCACCGCAGCUCAAUGGGAGGAUCUCUAUACCUACCAGACCAGCUUCAGCAUACGCAUGGUUCGAUUGGACUCGUUUCCGGCCACUGAUCUUGGUGUCACUACCGCGGUUGGGAGCGAUGGCUGUUGCAAUACAGGGGCAGAGCAGCUUAUCAGCAUCACGGAUGCCUCGGCCUUCCCCACAGCCAAUAUCAAGACCGGCGCAGGCGUGAGCACACAAGGGAUCUGGCAUUACCCAGCCGCCAUCACAAACGACACCGUGGCUCAAGCGUUUGCCGAGUUCGCACCUGACUCUUCGGGGGCGGUCACGGCCACGACAACGGCGGCCAUCAUCAACAACUUCCAGGGUCGGCAGCAAAUGGUGUGGUUUUUAGGGUGGUCUACAGACUGGUCCCAGACGAGCAACUUCCUGCAGCACGCCUACAUCCACUGGAUAACCAGGGGCCUCUUCGCGGGAAAACGCAAAGCCUACCUAAAUACUCAGGUCGACGACAUGCACCUGGACACGGAAAUCUAUUCGCCACCAAACACUACUUUCCGCAUCAGGACCAGCGAUUUAGACAUACACCAAGCUUGGCAAGCUGAUAUCAAUUCACGGCUGCCGUCUGGGUCCAACUACAUCAUCGAGAUAGGUCACAACGGCAACGGUGCAAUUGAAGCCGCCACCAAUCUCGACUCCAGCGUGGGCGUGUGCACCCCGGACUACGCCGUCGAGUACAAUUACCCGCCUGACACGCCUUUGGAAUUCCAGAAACCAAUCGGCACUGGGACAGAUCUGUGGCCAGCUGAAUUUACCGAGUCGGGAUUCUCCUGGUCGCUAGCAUGCUCAAAGCUCGAUGAUAUUGCUACUUGGUUCAACAAUAACCUCGACGUUUUCUCAGCCGUCUCUCACACGUUCACCCACGAGGAGCUUAACAACGCGACGUACCGUGACGCAAAUCUCGAGGCCUCAUACAACAUCCAGUGGCUUAAACAGAUCGGCCUGUGGACCAGUGCCCGGUUUUCCCCAACUGGGCUGAUCCCACCAUCCAUCACCGGGCUGCACAACGGCGACGCCAUCAGAGCAUGGCUCGACAACGGGAUCGUGAAUGCCAUCGGCGACAACACAAGACCCGUACUGAGGAAUCCGUCGAGCCCCUUUUGGCCACUUCCCACCACCGUCGAGGCAAAUGGUGGUGUCGGGAUCAAUAUAAUUCCGCGCUGGGCGACUACAAUCUACUACAACUGUUACUCCCAAAGCUGCACGCUGCAGGAGUGGAUCAACACGUCUGGCGGCAGCGGCACCUUCACGACGCUGCUCGACGAUGCACGCGCGGUGAACACGCGGUACCUGCUGGGGCUGCACCCGGACCCGUUCAUGUUCCACCAAGCCAAUUUGCGCUCCGGCGACGUGGAUGACUUUACCGUGGGCUCCCAGUCCGGGAGCCUCUCCCUGCUCCAAAUCUGGGUGGAGACCAUUACCCAGGAGAUGGUCAGGCUAACCGACUGGCCGAUUACCUCCCUGAAGCUCGACGACAUUGCCGAGCUGUUUUUGAACCGCAUGACUCUCGAUGCGUGCGCUCCUAACCUCACUUACAACUACUCGGAUGACGGCACCGCGAUUGUCAGCGUCACAGUCACAGCGACAGGGAACUCAUGUGAUACCCUCGUGCCGGUCACUGUUCCCGGCACCGCUACUUCGUCGGGCCUAAGUACGGAGGAUAUCGUUGGCUCGGAGCCAGCUAUUUAUUGGGUCACACUCUCUGGGUCCCCGGUGACACUGAGUCUGUCUGCUGCGGUGCCUGUGUGAAAUUGGAUUGCAAGGAACAAAUUUCAGGGUAAAAGGUGUUAGUCCUGCGGUUUGAUGUCUCUUACAUUUCGGGGUUGCUCAAGGAAUUUCAAUAUUUAAUAGUACGAGAAUCUGGAUAUUAAUUAAGGGUCCGGACUCGGUUUCCUCUCAACAUCAAACAUAC